AUGUCCGAGGGCACCGCGUGUCCCCUGCGGUCCAGCACCUCCGGGGCCAGACCCCACAUCCCCUCCCUGGAGACCCUCGCGCUGUCUCUGGGAUUGCCCCCACCCCACCCUGUCCCCCUCGCCGGGGUCCCCGGGGGCGCUCGGCGAUGGCCUCACCUCGGUGGUGAUGCUGGGCUGGGGGACACCCCGGUGUCACCCCCCUGUCCCUGCGGCUCAGGGCUCUUGCUCCGCAGGUCUUGGUGGCCGUGGCGGCUGCUGCUGCUGGCCUGGCUCAGCCUGGUGGGCACGGCACAGGACCCAGCCCUGGGGACACCAGCGAGGGUCCCCGAGCCCCCUGCUCAGCCCCGGGGGACCUGGGGGUCCUGGGGACCCUGGAGCUCCUGCUCCAGCUCCUGUGGGGACGGCGUCGCCCUGCGCAGCCGGAGGUGCCUGCGGACCAGCGAGGAGCUGCCGUGCACGGGGGACCCGCGGCAGUACCGGCUCUGCCAGCUCCAGGGCUGCCCCAGCGGCUCCGUGCCCUUCCGGGCCAUGCAGUGCUCCCUGUACGACAACCGGCCCGUGCUGGGCUCCUCCGCCCGCUACCGCUGGGUGCCCUUCCACGGAGCCCCAAACCUCUGCGACCUCAACUGCCUGGCCGAGGGACACAACUUCUACUACAGCUUCGGGCGGGUGCUGGACGGCACCCGCUGCAGCCCCGGCUCCCCGGACCUGUGCGUCGGCGGGCGCUGCCUGAGCGUGGGCUGUGACGGGAUCCUGGGCUCGGGCUCUCGCCCCGACGCCUGCGGCCACUGCGGCAGCGGCCACGGCUCGUGCGUCCUGGUGCACCGGCUGUUCCAGGGCUCGGACCCCUCCUCCGGAUAUUUGGGAUAUGUGAAUGUCACCAAGAUCCCGGCUGGGGCCACCCACAUCAAGGUGACGGACAAGAGCCGCAACUACCUGGCCCCCGCCCCCGCUCACCCCGGCCCCAAAGCCCGGGGGCUUUGCCACGGAGCCGCCGCCGAGGAGCCCCGAGGGCCGGAACCAGGACGGGGCUGCCGCAGCUUUAUCCCCGCAGGGCGCUGCGGGAGGUGCCGCCCGGCCAAGGGGCGCUCCCAGCGCAUCCGGCACUUCUGCCAGAGCGACUUCGUGUUCCACGGGCGGAUCCUGGCGCGGUCCGUGGUGGGGCAGGAGACGCGCUACGAGGUGGAGGUGGCGGCGCGGUACCGGCAGCGCUUCCCGCUGGUGUCCCGCGAGUACCUGUGGGUGCCCAGCACCUGCGGCUGCCCCGCGCUGCGCCAGGGCGGCGAGUACCUGCUGAUGGCUCGGCGCCACGUCAACCACGAGCACACCUUGAACCGCAUCCUGCUGCAGGACGGCGGCUACGCCCGGCCCUGGACGCCCCGCGAGGCGCGGCUGGUGCGGGAGGCGGCCCGGCACUGCCCCCACCCCCGGCCGCCCUGAGCCCCAGGAUGGGACCCCCAGGGUGAACCUGGUGCUCCUGCCGGGCACCGAGCCCUUCCCGUGCCCCCUCCCCGCAAGGGACCCCCGCCCAUCUCGCCGUCCUUGGGGUCCGCGCGGCAGCGGGGGGUGG